AUGAAGGCCGCCGUUGUCCUGUCUUUCGUCGCCGCCGCCAUGGCUGGCCUUGUCGAGAAGCGUGGCUGCAACGCCAACAACUGCGCUCGUCAGGUCACUGGUACCCGUGCCGGUCUCACCCCCAUCGAGUCCCGCAAGGCCGACUGCUCCAGCUUCAUGACCGCCACCGUCAUGCCCGAUGCUGAGACCACCACCGUCACCGUCACCGUCGACGCCGACGAGCCCGCCAAGUUCAAGCGUGAGGCCGCUGCCCUCGAGUACCGCGCUGAGACCGUCCUGCCCACCGACAUCCCCGCCUACGCCUCGUCCUGCGACGACCCUCCCGAGUACUCCUCCGUCUGCUCGUGCUGGGGCAUCACCUCGGCCGUCACCACGGCUCCCACGCCUACUGAGACCAAGACUGUCACCACCACCGUCGACUACUGCGAGGACUUGUAA